GGGCCGGACCCGGCGGCCCGAACGGGCGGGCAUGGGGGGCUGCCUUUCUUCGCAGGCGGCCGAUGACCUUUCGUUGCUCAACGACUCCACGGGCGACGGGGCGAGCCUCGGUCCCGGGGAUCACGCCCCGCCGCCCCCCUCUGCUCCGCCGCCCCCCUACCAGGAACAUGCGCCAAUUCCAGUGUAUCAUCCAACACCCAGCCAGUCACGUCUCGCCACACAACUGACAGAAGAGGAGCAGAUCCGUAUCGCUCAGAGGAUUGGGCUAAUCCAACACCUUCCCAAAGGAAUCUUUGAUCCGGGCUCGGAGCCAUCAGAAAAGAAAAUUAAAGAGUGUGUGAUCUGCAUGCUGGAUUUUGUAUAUGGAGACCCCAUCCGGUUUCUGCCAUGCUUGCACAUCUACCACGUACACUGCAUUGACGACUGGCUGAUGCGAUCGUUCACCUGUCCUUCGUGCAUGGAGCCGGUCGAUGCUGCUCUGCUGUCCUCUUAUGAGACUAACUGAGGUGGCGUCAAGCCCUACUCUUGUUAAUGCUUCCAGGCUGGGGCUACAUGGGAGGCUGGGGAGGUGGCACACCCUUUUAUUUGCACACUUCUGGGAUACACCAAAGAAUUCUGUGGCAAAGAACCCUGGUCCGAGACCUCAAAGACAACACAGAGCCAUUUUGGCUUGGCUGGCUGUGCUAAAGAUUGACUUGUGCCACAAUUGAGCAUUUGUACCCAAACUUGGUGAAGAUCAAGGGGAAAUGGCAAAGCUGGAGUUGUCCUUUCACU